AUGACAAAAUCAUCUGCUACAGAGUUGAUGCACCCUGGAAUAAGUGGUACCCUCCAAGUAAAACACGGCCCAUUCGACGACCCGAACGCGGAAGCACGUAAAUCGGAGCAGCAGGCACUUCGUCGUGCCGAGCAAGAAGCUAUGGGAAAAACAUCAUCGACUCCUCAGAAUUCAACGCCUCGCGCUCCGCUACGCCCCGCUACCGUACCCACCUCAAACGCCAACAGCUCUACGAUCACCCUCGAC